GACUUUGUAUUCUAUGCCCCUCGCUUACGGAUUAACAAGCGUAUCUUGGCGCUUUGCAUGGGGAACCACGAGCUCUACAUGCGCAGGCGUAAACCAGAUACCAUUGAGGUGCAGCAGAUGAAAGCACAGGCUCGGGAAGAGAAGCAUCAGAAACAGAUGGAGAGAGCCCUGCUGGAGAAUGAGAAGAAGAAGAGGGAGUUGGCAGAAAAGGAGAAGGAGAAGAUUGAACGUGAGAAGGAGGAGCUAAUGGAGAGACUCAAGCAAAUAGAGGAGCAAACCAAGAAAGCUCAGCAAGAACUGGAAGAACAGACCCGCAGAGCUAUGGAGCUAGAACAGGAGAGAAAACGAGCACAGGAGGAAGCAGAGAAACUGGCUAAGGAGCGCAGGGAAGCAGAAGAGGCAAAGGAGGCUCUAUUGAAAGCAUCCCAUGACCAACAGAAGACCCAGGAACAGCUGGCUUCUGAGAUGGCAGAGCUCACAGCCAGGAUCACGCAGCUGGAGCUGGCCAGGCAGAAGAAGGAGAGCGAGGCCCAGCAGUGGCAGCAGAAGGCACAGAUGGUGCAGCAGGACCUAGAAAAGACCAAAGAGGAGCUGAAGACUGCCAUGAGCACCCCUCAUGUCACUGAACCCAUGCACUCUGAGAAUGAGCACGAUGACGAGCAGGAUGAGAACGCGGCGGAGGCCAGUGCCGAGCUGCGGUCAGAGGCCACCAUCAAGGACCGCAGCGAGGAGGAGCGCACCACUGAGGCGGAGAAGAACGAGCGGGUCCAGAAACACUUGAAGGCUCUUUCCUCGGAGCUGGCGAACGCUCGGGAUGAGACCAAGAAGACGGCAAACGACAUGAUCCACGCCGAGAACAUGCGUCUAGGCCGAGACAAGUACAAGACCCUCCGUCAGAUCCGCCAGGGCAACACCAAGCAGCGCAUCGACGAGUUCGAGUCCAUGUAGCUCUCCCCUGCGUGC